GCGUAUCAAAGGAACUCGAUCGCGUGCGCCCGCGCAGUCACGGCCAACCGGCGGCCAAUGACGGUCGCGAUCUCUUUCCAUUACAACUUUUUGUUCAAACAACAAUUUUUUUAAGUGUUUAUUUGUGAUUUUUUGCAACGAAUUUUCGUGAUAUUGUUUUUGUGAUUUUUUAAGGUAUAAAAUGGCGCCGAAUACAGAAAAACGACAGGUAAGCUUCCCUAAGUUGGAAUAUCCCAUUUUUCGGGAAGCACAGCCAAAAUCUGCGCAACAUUGGUUAAAAGGGAAGAGAUUGCAAGAUGGCGCCGAAGAUUUGUGGAGAAUACAUGACAGUCUCUAUGAUUUAACUGAUUUUAUUUCUUCACAUCCUGGAGGGACACAUUGGAUAUCUGUUACAAAGGGUACAGACAUAACAGAAGCUUUCGAAACACAUCACCUCAAAGGAAUUGCUGAGUCGUUAUUACCGAAUUAUUAUGUAAGAAAAGCAAUCAAGCCAAGGAAUCAACCUUUCACGUUUAAAGAAGAUGGAUUUUAUAAAACUUUGAAACUGAAAGUCAUGGAUCAGAUGGCAUUAAUACCAAAAGAUGUGAGGAAGAAAAGUGAUUUUAUCACUGAUAGUUUAUUACUUGCUUUAAUUAUCUUGGCUCCUUUAAGUUGUUGGGGCUGGACUCAAAGCUUUGUCAUUGGAGCCAGUUUAACAUUCUCAACUGGUUUCGUUCUAAGUUCCUUAGUCACUUGUGCACACAACUACUUCCAUCGAGGGGAUAAUUGGAGAAUGUACAUAUUCAACUUGGCUGGAAUGUCGUUUAAUGACUGGAGGGUCUCCCAUUCAAUGUCUCAUCAUCUGCAUACGAAUACUGCUCAGGACAUUGAACUGUCCAUGAUAGAACCGUUUCUCCAGUUCAUACCUUAUAAGGACAAGCCUAUAUGGGCACAGAUGGGUGCAUUCUACUAUCCCCUCGUUUACGCUACAUCCUUACUUUCAAUUAUGGGUCAUGAGUUGAUACUCAGCGCAACGAACCAUGAAGGCAAGACUCUAAGUUGGAGGAAUUUGAUUCCAUUCUCGAUUCCAGCGUGGAUGUACCUAAUGGGUGGAUUGCCCCUACACUCAACUAUUCUUCUCUGGCUGGUCACAUUGGUACCAGCCAGUUUCUUCUUCGUUUUCUACGGUUUGACAGCUGGACAUCACAACCAUAGGAACUUUUUUGAAGGGGAUGUUCCGAGAGACGAAAAUAUCGAUUGGGGAAUUCAUCAGCUGGAUGCGAUUUGCGAGAGAAUCGAUUAUGCGGGCAACCAUUUUAAAUCGAUUACUCGUUUCGGGGACCAUGCCCUACAUCACUUGUUCCCGACACUAGACCAUGCAGAAUUGAAAUAUUUGUACCCAGUACUUCUAGAACACUGCGAAAAGUUUGAUUUUCAAUUUAAAACGAAUACUUUUUACGAAACAAUAAUUAAUGCGAGUAAACAAUUAAUACGAAAACGUCCAAACAACUUUAGAGAUGUAAAGGCGACGAAAUAAGGUUUAAAUUAGUCUGGCAAGUUAAUCUAAAUGAAGUAAUAAUACUUAAUGUUAUUACAAUUCGAGGCUGAUGAUAAUUUAUUAGGUUUAAUAAAAUUGUUUAUUUAUUGGAAUCCAUUUUGGAAACAGUUUUUAAAGUACAAUACGAAAUCUAUUGUAGAUAUUGAAAAGUUCUUGCCUAAGUAAAUAAAAUAAAAGAAAUAUGACCAAAAAUAUAUGAUAUUUAGAGUAUGUUGGUGAAGGGUUCGAUUGUUUGAGACAUGAUUAACGGCUGUGGAUAUGAAAUAAAUAGACUGCUUACUAUUUAUAUUGUGUUAUCAUUCUUCUCUGAAAAUUCUGAUUGGGAGUGGAUUUUAAAAUUUUUAUUUUGUUGCUUUACGUGCACAAU